UUGUGCGGUCCCCCAGUCGCAGCGUGUCCCCAGCCGACGUCGGCAGGAACUGCCGUAGAGGGGGGGUCCCCUUCCCUUGGCGCAUUGCUAGGCCAGAAAAAUUGGGUAGUUGCCUUGGCGACAAAUACAUGCAGCCAGCAGUGAGCAGCGCGAGCGCGCACUUCCUGCAGCGGCUGCGGACGGACCCGGAAGGCGUGGACCUGCCCAACUUCGGCCGCGCCCCUUCAGAGAGCAGCGACGACGAGCUGGAGAUUCCGCCGUGGGUCCUGACCCGUCUGGUGCGCGCCUCGCGCGCCUUCUGGGACCUGUCCGUCGCCGGCAUCGCAGGAGAGAACUCUGACAUGGAGGUGGAGAACGAGCCGCCGAACCAGACGCAGCAGCGGCAGCAGCAGAGACAGCCGCAGUCGCAGCCAGCGUCAGGGACGGUCGGGGACCGGUCUCCUCAGCAGCAGACAGUGCGGGUGGUCCUAGGCUGGCAGAGGACGCAGCCGCGGAAGCGAAAGUCGUCCAAGCGUCUUUCGUUACGUCUUCGGCUGUGAUGUCAUGAAGCCACAAAAAGGGAAGAAAAGAGGAUUUCUGAAUAAUCAGUGGAUUCUAACUUUCAUUUUUAAACACCUGUUUGAAGAUGUACCUCUUUUAAGAAAAUAAAGCUUCCCCCGAGAUAA